GAUUAAAAUUUAAACAACACCCGAAAGAAUGAUAUCCGUGCACUUUGCGCCCCCUCACCCCCCACCCCACCCCACCCCGCACCCCUCCUCCCUUAAUUUGCCAAUAAUGAGAAAUGCAGGGAACACGUUUUCACAUUUUAUAGAUUCAAACCCACACAAACCAGUGGUGCACUUUGCCUGAAAAUUAUGAGCCGCUCAAAUGGAGCCAUCUCAUAACAUAACAUCGUUUUCAAUUAUUAUUAUUAGCCAAAUAAAACCCAUAAAUGUAAAACUAACGACCAAGUAAUCCCCAAAGUUGAAAGAAAGAAUCAUUCUUCGAUGGCUUCUUUGAUUAACCCACCUCUCACUCUGCCUCAAAACAAGCUGAACCCUGGGGGUGUCCUAGCUGUAUCUACCAGUGGAAUAACAAACAAAAUUUUUCAACCAUCUUCAACACGAUGGAACCACAGGCGUUGUUUGUUGAUGAGAGCCAAAACAUCAGUGGAAAUGGAUAUGCUUGCAAAAGAAUCUGUAGGCACCAACGCUGUUGAUAAUAAGGAUUUUGGAGUUGUAAGCAUGCACCACGUUGGAGUACUAUGUGAAAACCUUGAGAGGUCAUUGGACUUUUACCAGAAUAUUCUUGGACUAAAAAUAAAUGAGGCAAGACCACAUGACAAGCUUCCCUACAGAGGUGCUUGGUUGUGGGUGGGUACUGAGAUGAUACAUCUAAUGGAGCUUCCAAAUCCGGAUCCCUUAACUGGUCGGCCCGAGCAUGGGGGAAGAGAUCGUCAUACUUGCAUAGCAAUUCGCGAUGUGUCGAAGCUGAAAGCUGUUCUUGAUAAAGCUGGCAUUCCCUACAGCCUUAGUCACUCUGGGAGACCAGCCAUUUUCACUCGAGACCCAGAUGCUAAUGCACUAGAAUUUACUCAAGUUGAUGCUUGAUAGGAUGUGGACUGCUUGCUCUCUAAUUGUAAUCCUUAUGUACGCUUUUUUAAAUUAUUGGAUAAAUAGAGAAAAUAUAACAAUCCUUUGCAAAAUGCAUAAAGUUGAACUCUUACCAAUCAUUACUUACACAGUUGCAAUCA